AUGAAUACUAUUGGCCGCUCUUUAAUCCUGUCUAUAUUAAUAUUACUCCCGUGGAAAACUGGAGCAGUAACAGUAACCUGUGGCACUGCAGACAUCUCCAGCAACUCAGUAGGAAACUGUGAGUGCGCCCCUUCAUUUUCUGAAGACGGGUGUGGUGCCUGCACCGACCCAUUCUGCGGUGACGCCAAGCUCAAAGGCAAGCUCGCGGUAUGUAACGCAGGCUGCGUCCAACAAAACCUCAACUGCUCAGCCUGUGGCCUUUAUUUCGGCAGUGUGUGUCGCUGUCUGAAAGGGGCGCCGGGCUGCUCCAACAACGGCGAUUGGUGGCUGCUCAACUCCCACGAUCUGAUUUCCACCACAAAACGCGUACCUGGUAUUGUGCAACUGGGCUCUGACAAUACUGGCUGGCAACUAGGGCAGACGCUGCUGGCAUGGACUGGGAUUUCGCUAAGCACAGGAACGGCGACAAGAAAAACGGGGACGCUGGCAGUGAACUCGGUAAAACAGAGGGACGAGGAACAAAUCCAUAUUCAUGUUUGUAACCGACCAAACAAUCAACUCCGGGAUUAUUUGUCGACGAAGGUGCGACCGGAUCAGUUCCAGUCCCUGAAGCCUUUGGAGACGUCGUUUCCGGAAUUUCCUACGAAGAGUGUACUAUGUCAGGCGUCACAAACGAAGGGGGAUAAUCAUGUUGAUGUUGCGGGUAUUACGGCUGAUCACCUCAAUAAAGCUAAAGGAUGUGAUGAGUCUCAGGUCGGAGCUGGGCUUAUUACUGACACAAACGAUUAUUCGUGGGUAUGUAUUACGACGGGUUAUCAAAGCGGAGGGCAGCUAUUCUGUCGUACAUGA